AGCAACUCCCCGGACGCACGCAGGCCUCAGAGCCCCCCAGCUUCCGUGCCCCCUCCGCCCUGAGACUUGAAGCAGGGUAGGGGUCCAGCAUGAAGCCCCCGGACCGCCCCGCCCCUGGCCGCACUGACCGGAUACUGGGGGUCAUGGGGGGCAUGCUGCGCGCAUGCGUCGUACCCGGGCAGGCCGGGCCCCCAAAGAGAAGUUCCCUGGGGCCGGGGUGUACCGAGCCUGAGAGCCACAGUCCCGAGGGGGAGCAGAGAGGGGAGCGCGAACCCGAGGUCCUCGCCUGGGCUCCGCAGCCCGAAUCCUAUUCCAUUGCCGGUAGUGAGGGGAGUAUAUCAGCUUCUGCUGCCUCCGGUCCGGCUGCCCUUUCUGGACCCAGCUCUGGCCUCAGCUCUCGGCCCUGUUCACCAGGCCCUCCAGGGCCUGUUGGCUUGCGAAGAUGGUUGGAUCACUCCAAACAUUGUCUCAGUGUGGAAACUGAGGCAGAUGGUGGUCAAGCAGGACCAUAUGAGAACUGGAUGCUGGAGCCAGCUCUAACCACAGGAGAGGAGCUGCCAGAACUAGCCUUGUUGACUACAUUGUUGGAGGGCCCUGGAGCUAAGCCACAGCCACCUGAAGAUGAGACUUUGUCCCAAGCUCCUGAGAGUGCGGAGGAACUGAGGAAGAAAGCCCUGGAAAGAAGCAUGUAUGUGCUGAGUGAACUGGUAGAAACAGAGAAAAUGUACGUGGACGACUUGGGGCAGAUUGUGGAGGGUUACAUGGCCACCAUGGCUGCUCAGGGAGUCCCUGAGAGUCUUCGAGGCCGUGACAGGAUUGUGUUUGGGAAUAUCCAGCAGAUCUAUGAGUGGCAUCGAGACUAUUUCCUGCAAGAGCUCCAGCGGUGUUUGGAGGAUCCUGAUUGGUUGGCUCAGCUAUUCAUCAAACACGAGCGCCGGCUGCAUAUGUACGUGGUGUAUUGUCAGAACAAGCCCAAGUCAGAGCAUGUGGUGUCAGAGUUUGGAGACAGCUACUUUGAGGAACUCAGGCAGCAGCUGGGGCAUCGCCUGCAGCUCAAUGACCUCCUCAUCAAACCUGUGCAGCGGAUCAUGAAAUACCAGCUGCUGCUCAAGGAUUUUCUAAAGUAUUACAGUAGAGCUGGGAUGGAUACUGAAGAACUAGAGCAAGCUGUGGAGGUCAUGUGCUUUGUGCCCAAGCGCUGCAAUGAUAUGAUGUCCCUAGGGAGACUUCGAGGAUUUGAGGGCAAACUGACUGCUCAGGGGAAACUCUUGGGCCAAGACACAUUCUGGGUCACAGAGCCUGAGGCUGGGGGACUGCUCGCUUCCCGAGGUCGAGAAAGGCGUGUCUUCCUCUUUGAGCAAAUCAUUAUCUUCAGUGAGGCCUUGGGAGGAGGAACACGAGGUGGUACACAGCCUGGAUACGUGUACAAGAGCAGUAUCAAGGUGAGCUGCCUUGGACUGGAAGGGAAUCUCCAAGGUGACCCUUGCCGCUUUGCACUGACCUCCAGAGGGCCAGAAGGUGGGAUCCAGCGCUAUGUCCUACAGGCUUCAGACCCUGCAGUCAGUCAAGCCUGGAUCAAGCAAGUGGCUCAGAUCCUGGAAAGCCAGCGGGACUUCCUCAAUGCAUUGCAGUCACCCAUUGAAUACCAGAGACGAGAGAGCCAGACCAACAGCCUGGGGAGACCAGGAGUUCCUGGGGUGGGGAGCCCUGGGAGAAUGAGGCCUGGAGACCGGGCCCAGGUCAGCAUGCACACACCCAUCAAUGGCUCUCUCCCCUCCCUGCUGCUGUUACCCAAAGGGGAGGUGGCCAGAGCCCCCCUGCCCCUGGACACACAGGCUCUCAAUGACACCCCCAAGGCUCCUCAACAGUCUCUUCCAGCCCUUCCACCUCCAAACAGCCCUCCCUGCCAGGCCAGACUUGCCAAGCUGGAUGAAGAUGAGCUGUAACUGGUGAAGGCCACGGGGGUGGUACUGACUCAGCCACCUAUUCCCCAAGGAACUUGAGGUUAACCUUAUGGGCAACACUCCAGAAUUCCUCCCUCUUGCUCUGCUCAGAGGGCGGGCAAGGCUGGAAGAGAUGUCAACUUGGGGGAGAAUAUCUACCCCCCAAAAGACUUCGUUCAGCCCAAGGAACAUAGGAUCCUUCAGCCCCACCCCUAUGCAUGCAUCACAGUCCCCUCAAAAGGAGGAUGUGUGGGUGGUUGGGAGGGAGGGAUAGGGCCGGGGCCAGCUAGAAAUUAUUUGUUUUGGUUUUGAUUUUGUGUUUUCUGUUUUCUGAGAAUAAAAGUUUUGUUAUA